AUGCAGGACAUGCUGAUCUCUUCCAGAGCAGACUUUGAGUCUCUACCGCCGGCGGUACAACGAAAGUUCUUUUCCAAUGUCGAGCGUUUUCGUCUCUUGACGGCCCAGCACCAUCCACGCCAUCAUGCUCAACCACGCCGCGAGUUUGCUGCAAAUCGGCCGCUCUCUAUCCGCCGACAUCCACGCGCUAGAAUUAUAACACCGUCUUCCUCCACUUCUUCUCUUCGACAAUAUCAAGUGCAGCAACAAAAUCAACGCAAUACCCGUCAAAAACUACGAUUACGACGGAUUGCUCCUCUCACCGCUCGUGGCACCGGCAAUCGUCUUAGUCGUUCUCCGCCUGGGAAUGAUUUGACCGCAGUACACGAGUACUUGCAAUGCUUUCACUCUCUGCCUCCAAAGAUCCAAAAAACCAUCUUUUCACAAGAAGAGCGACGCCUGUUACAGCAAACAGCUCCUGUAAGCAGUAUCACCGACGCUGCUGAUCAGGCACUUCUCAGACUCGAAGAAAGACAUAGAGCAUCCCGCCGCCGGCAAUCGCUGCGAACUGACACGUCGAGCGACAGAUUUGUCCGCAGAGGUCGUCGCCAAUAUCGAAGAUCUAGAUCUAGUUCUUCUCCUGCUAUCCGUUCUUCAAUCCGCUCCUCAAUCUACUCAUUCCCCUCCUCACUUCCUUCGACCUUUGAACCUUCCGCUGACAUUAUCGACAUCGACACCGACGCCAUUGCUGAUCCCACCGACUCGGGAAUAGAAAUGGAAGAAUCUAUUCUCGACAGCUUUCGAUGGCUCGAUGAGGAGGAAGACCUCGAUCUAUCACUGGACAGCUAUCACAAAUAUGUUGCCGACACGGCAUUGUCGUCACAACAUGUUCAACCUACCUCUCCGCGACGAAUGCCUUCCUUCCGGCGAACAUUAUCCCUAGCCAAAAAUAGAAACUCAAUGUUCUUAGGGAAUACCGGUCGAGGACUCAGCUCCAGUCAAUCUUCCACACUCCCUUUCUCUACAGCCGGCACCGGCGCCAUCAACCGCCCCGAAAAUCAUGGCAGACAUAUGUCUCAUCGGUCUACAUCUUCCAUUGAUCCUGCUGCACAAUAUUACCAAGACCCAGAAGCUCGAUUAAAAUUACGGGUAUACCUGGCGUCACCUCAGAAGUUUGACGAGGCAAUUGAAUUUGGAUUUCCGUCCCUGGACAACAAAGAGAACAUCGAUGCCAACAACUUGCGUCGACACAACACAAACCGAGACUCGAAACGGAUAUCACAGAUUUCUGCAUCGACUCAUGGAACACAUGGAUGGACAUUCUUGGAUGAUGAAACUACAUCUAUCGACUUGAGUUUGUUUGAUCUGACCGAUCACCAACCGCAAUUCCAACAAGCAAAAAAAUCACGACGCAGCCAUGACAAGACUGCCAUUAGCUCCAACAUCCGCGAACUCGCAUCACCCCACUCUCGCUCUUCAUCCAUAGAUCCACGCCACCGUCGUCCUCAACCUCUCAAACCUGUUGUGGGCAAUGCCAAUGGCAGUUCCCGCCCACCAACGGGCGGUCAUCGUCGCGAGAUGACUUUGAAAAUGACACUUACUAGGCCCGAUCUGCGAACAGCCGGUGAGGCCGGACCUUACGGUCACGAUCGACACGAUGAUCCUCUGCGGUUGGCAGAAUUACCGCCCGCAGACGAAUCAUGUAAUAUCUGGGACGAUAUCCCCGAAGAACGAGGGGUCGUCAAAAAGAUGUGGCGCAAGCUGCGCUCUUGGAGGGAUUGA